AUGACCGCUGUUGAGAACAUUAGCUGGUCCGAAUUACUCAACAACACCAAUCACACAGCUCAACAUGGUAAUGACGACAGCCGAAUUGCCACGGCAACCGAGACUUUGCGGCAAGCAGCAUACCAAUUCGCCAACGUCCUCAAUGAGCGUGCCAAGCUUUUAGCCAACAGUGCCCAGUUUGAUACAGCGUUACGUGAUGCAGCAGCAAUAAGAGCUCUAUUGCCGGGGUCAGGGCUUGGAUACCUGUGUAUGGGAGACGUGCACUGUCAACAAGGACGUUAUGCAGCAGCGAUUUCCAUAUAUGAUCAAGGACUUGAAGCAGUGCCUGAAUCGGAUCAAUAUUAUCAGCAGCUUCAACAACAUCGAAUGACAGCAAUAGCCAACAACGAUAAACGUGUCGACUUCAUCAGCCGGUUGCCAUUGGAUAUCGUCAUCACCAAUAUUAUACCAAGGCUGGAGCGCAGGUGCUAUUCAGACUUACCACCUGAGCACCUUUAUGUAUCACAUGCAUGGCAGGAGCGUUUCUUGCAGCAACCUCACGGCUUGUACUUUAAUUUCGGCGAAGAGACGGAGACCUUCAAGACGGGCCAUGAUCAGCUCAUCCGAUUCGCACCCUAUGUUCAAACGCUAAAAGGCGAAAUGUUUGAUGAUGCUCAAUUGGACGAUCUUUUUUCUCGAGCACAAUUUUCCAAUCUUAAGGAGCUAGGCAUAUUCUGUGAAUAUACAUCCCCUUGCGCUCGAUUAUUAAAUGGUCUACAAUUGAUUUCUGAUUCAUUGACACGCUUGUCGAUUGAUGGGUACAAUAGUCUCCAAUUACAUGAUAUCCUGGAAGCAUGUCCAAACCUUGUAUCUCUGGCUAUCGAGGAUGCAUACAUUGAUACGUUAUCGCUGUCAUCAUCACAUCAUCCCAAAAUCACACACCUAGCGCUUCAUGACGUACCAGGCACAGAUCUUGAUUCUGAUGAGAUGGGUGAUUUACUCAGCCGGUUUCCUUCUUUAUUGUCAUUCGAGAUUACACCAAUGCCUGAAUCCCGUGCCUUGACGAUUCUACACAAGCAUUGCCCUUAUCUACAGGUCCUUUAUUUCGGGGAAAGAGGCCAUCGCUUAGACAACGUUGAUGUUCAUCCACAUCAAAAAGGAAUCAAGUCGGCUCACCUGGGAGGCUAUGGCGAAGACAUCUAUAUGCAAGAUGACCUGAUCCAGUUCCUGUACUUGCACAGAGAUUCAUUGGAAGAGAUUGUAUUUAACGGCGAUAUCGAUGUUGGCAACGAUGCUUCUUGGAGAAUCGAGAAUGGAAAAGUGAUACUGCAGAGGAACCAUGGAGUACGUUUAUCCCCUGAAAGUGACCCAACUCAAUCAGCGGCGUCAUUCGUGCGACUAGCCAGCAUCAACUUUGCAGGUUCUGAGCCAUCUUUAUCUCUUGGUGUUUUUACGUGGUUGAUAUCGAAUUCUCCCAAUCUCAAAGCCAUCACUAUCAACGAAUCAUAUCUUCAACCAGAUGUCGCAAACGCCAUGAUCAAAUUGAGGCAGCUUUCCAAUCUAGAGAUCGCUCAGCCGUGGAAAAGUGACGAUCAUCAAGGUAUCAUUCGGUUCUUGGAGCAUCAUAUUGGAAUCGGGAAAGAAUCAACGCUCAAAGAAAUCACCAUAAGAACCAGGAGAAUGACGCCUGAAGCAACAUGGAUACCUUUGAUUUCCAAGCUACAAUGUCUCAAGAACCUGAAGUUACAUGCUAAUUUCAUCCCCACAGACUGCUUACGAGCCAUGGAUGAGAUACGACGAGGCUGCCCAGCUUUAGAAGAGUUAACUCUCGGUGUGCGUGGUUGCGAUAUUGGUGACGGCAUCAUCAAUUGUGUUUGUCAACAUUCGAAUCUUAAACAUCUCAGGAUUGGAUCGGAUUCGUUACCCACUCUCAGCCUUAUCCUCAUAGCCCUCUAUUCGAGAUUAGAUAGUCUAUACCUUCAAUGUGAUGUUCCCGAGAGAAUAAUGAAGAUACUACGUAACAAUGUGUCGAAAAUUGUGAUCAAUAAAGCAUAG